AUGGAUGAUCGUUUGACGUUAGGGUUGUUAUGGUGCCUAUCUGUUCUUGUAGCAGUUGUGCAAGGAGAAGACCCGUAUUUGACAUUCACCUGGAACAUUACCUAUGGUACCAUCUCUCCUUUGGGCGUCCCCCAACAAGGCAUUCUAAUUAACGGUCAAUUUCCCGGUCCAAAUAUUAAUUCCACGAGCAACAAUAACAUUUUGGUUAAUGUCUUCAACAACCUUGACGAGCCAUUCCUUUUGACAUGGAACGGCGUCCAACAAAGGAAAAAUUCAUGGCAAGAAGGAUUAGCCGGAACCAACUGCCCCAUCCCGCCUGGGAAGAAUUACACGUACCACUUUCAAGUGAAAGAUCAGAUUGGCAGCUACUUUUACUUCCCCAGCACCUCCAUGCACAGGGCAGCUGGCGCCUUCGGUGGGCUCCGGGUGAACAGUCGCCUUCUCAUUCCAGUCCCCUUCCCCGAUCCGGAGGAUGACUACACCGUCCUCAUCGGCGAUUGGUACACCAAGAGCCACACCGUCCUAAAGAAGUUCUUAGAUAGCGGACGCUCCUUGGGGAGACCAGACGGAGUCCUCAUCAACGGAAGAUCCUCCGGCGGCGAUCAGGUGGGCAAGCUGCUGCAGGACCACCCGGAGGAACCACCCUUAUUCACCAUGAAAGCCGGCAGGACGUACAGGUACAGGGUUUGCAACGUGGGGCUCAAGAACUCCCUCAACUUCAGGAUCCAAGGCCACACUAUGAAGUUGGUAGAGAUGGAAGGCUCCCAUACCAUCCAAAACGAAUACGACUCCAUUGACGUCCAUGUGGGGCAAUGCUUCUCCGUGUUGGUCACCGCCGACCAAACCCCCAAAGAUUACUACCUGGUGGCUUCCACUCGUUUUACAAAGCAAGUCAAAACCGCCACUGCCAUCAUCCGCUACGCCGACGGCAAGGGCCCUGCCUCUCCCGAGCUGCCGGAGGCGCCUGUUGGAUGGGCCUGGUCCCUCAAUCAGUUCCGGUCCUUCCGUUGGAAUCUCUCCGCCAGUGCUGCCCGCCCCAACCCUCAAGGCUCCUACCAUUACGGUGCAAUCAACAUCAGCCGCACCAUCAAGCUAGUGAACUCCGUCGGCGCCGUGGACGGCAAGCUCCGUUACGCCAUUAAUGGCGUUUCCCACACUGACCCACCUACUCCCCUCAAGCUUGCCGAGUACUUCGGAGUUGCGGAGAAGGUGUUCAAGUACAACCUUAUUGGGGACGAGCCCCCGGCCCCGCCGGCUAAAGGCGAAGAGCCCGAGAUUGCUGUGGCACCCAACGUGCUCAAUGUCACUUUUCGCUCGUUUGUUGAGAUAAUUUUUGAGAAUCAUGAGAAGACCAUUCAAUCCUGGCAUUUGGAUGGCUACUCGUUCUUUCCGGUUGCGAUUGAACCAGGGAGGUGGACACCGGAACGCAGAAAGAACUACAACCUUCUGGAUGCAGUAAGUAGGCACACAAUUCACGUGUUCCCCAAGUCGUGGGCAGCCAUAUUCUUGACAUUCGACAACGCAGGAAUGUGGAACGUGAGGUCGGCGUCGUUGGAGAGACAGUACCUAGGCCAACAGCUUUACAUCAGCGCCCUGUCCCCUGCCCGGUCGCUCAGGGAUGAAUACAACUCCCCCGACAACAUGCAGCUCUGUGGAAUCGUCACAGACUUGCCAAAGCCCCCACCUUUCACUCCCUAA